UGUAUUUGACUAUGGAGAAAAGGAAAGCUGCCUGAGAGAGAGAGAUUGUUGAAGUGUCGUUUUCUUACAUAUACUCCCGAGGUAUAGUAGUAUGAAAUCCCAGACGACAUCUCUUAAUUUUCUUUCUUCUCCCUUUCCCAAUCCCUUACCCUUUCUUCAUGCAUCACCACACAUCUCUCUCUCUCUCUCUCUCUCUGCCCUCUCUUUCAGUUUGCCUGUUAAUUGCUUGAGGUGGUGAAGACUAAAAAAACCCUCUUUUGUUUUCUUUGCUUCACUUCCUCUUCUGUGUAGUUUUCUUUCCAAAAUUAUCUGUGCUGGAAAAUUGAUUGCAGCUGCUUCAACCCAUUUCUUGGGAAUAAUUAUGUCCCAUAAGGAAGGAAUUAUUGAUUACCAAUCUUUGAAUCAGAUUCCAGACCUCUCCCUGCACAUAAGCCUUCCAAAUAGUGCUCCAUCCUCCAUAUGCACUGCCACAAAUGAUGCUGAUGAUUCAACUUUUGAUGUUUGGCGCAAACAUGGUGCCCUGAAAUCACACAGCGACAGUUCAAUAAAAGUUGGGUCUGAACCGGAUGAUGACAACAUCGAGCUUUCUCUAGCGGCAAAUCCAGCUGCCACUACAGCUUUAGAAGUGGAAAGCCCUUGGAGAUCAAGAAUAUGCUACGCUGGUGGUGAUGGAGGCUGGAGCGAAGCUGAUCGAGCAAGGCAAAGAAAUAUUCUUCUUCAACGGGCUAACAGUACUGGCUCCUCUAUGAGUCAAAUAAAUCAUGGGAUCUCAAGCUUCCAACCCAUAAAUGGGAUUCCAGUUUACAAUAGCUGGAAAAUCAAUUCUGGAGAGAUGGAUCCCAGAUUUUGCUUUAACCAAAUACCCUAUUCAUCAUUUUGCACCCCUUAUCCAAGUCCUUCUCUAGGUGACACCGGCAGUUCUUUUCCGGCAUAUAGAAUGGGGUCAUCAUCAGUUCGUCCACAGUAUCAGAACCAAUAUCAGUACGGGGGUGGAGGCGUAGGAGGUGCAGAGCUUUAUGGAAGUGGGAUGAUUAGAUCAAGAUUUAUACCAAAGCUUCAAAACAAGAGGAACGUGAGAGCACCAAGAAUGCGUUGGACAAGCUCUCUCCAUGCCCGUUUUGUUCAUGCUGUGGAGCUUCUUGGUGGCCAUGAAAGAGCUACACCCAAGUCAGUUUUAGAGCUGAUGGAUGUCAAAGAUCUAACACUUGCGCAUGUCAAAAGCCAUUUACAGAUGUAUAGAACUGUUAAGGGCACUGACAAACCUGCAGCUUCCUCAGAUGGAUCCGCUGAUGAAGAUUUCUUGCCUGUAACAACUCCCAUUAAUCACAGAGCAGCUUCAACUGUAUCUCUUGAGCAUGAUAAUGGUUACACUACUUGCUCAAUUCCAUGGAGUAACUCUUCCAGAGAAAGAUGGGUUGAUAGCAGUUCAAGGGAUGUAAAAGGGCUUAGAGAACCAGAAAGACUAUCAUCCCAAUUAGAGGAAAGUGAGUUAGCUGAAUCAACAAGUUUUAAAUCAGUGUGUAACCAAUUAGUUGAGACUCCAAGUUUGGAAUUCUCUUUAGGAAGACCAGAUUGCCGAAGCAAACUAAACCAUUAAAUUCAAUUUUAUAAUUAUUUUUUUUUCUUUCACUAGUAAUUAAAAUAAAUAAAUAAAUAUUUUUAUUUUA